CAAGUACGGGUUGCUGAAGACCCAUUCUCAACGUGUUCCAACCUCUGACGACACUCAGUUGCCUGGCUUCCUGAACAUGGCGUACUCAAGAGGGCGAAUCAUGUCGACUAUUGAAAAGCUGUCUCACCUUUUCGGUGGGAACCUGAAAAAAAGACAUUUGCUCAUGAUACCGAUACUUGUGUUAUUCCUGAUCUAUAUCUAUCUCUCAUGGACCUCCGUAAAACAAGAUCUUUCAGUUGAAAUGCUAAGCAGGAACAGGUCACUUCAUGGAAACAAAAUCACCUCGUCCGAUGAAACAAAAGAAGUCUUGCGCUACUUCAAACAGACUGGGUAUUUGCCUAACUUCUUGUUGACAGCUUAUGCAAGUGAAAAUCGACCCCAGAAGGGUCGUUUAAAUAUACUUCUGAACACAAUGGAUGGUUCAUAUGAAUAUCUUAAAUGUUGUAUUUUGACAAGAAACAGAACACUACUAAGGACGUGGGCUAUAGAGGUAUACAGAUAUGGCGGCCGUGCUCACUUCCACCCUACAAAGUACAGCUGUUCAAUCCCAAUUGAUACCGACGUUGUCAACGUCUCUCUGACGAUAUCCACGUGCAGCCAUGACGACUUGGAUUACGUUCCAGUCCAAAAACCAGUUCAACUGCGGAAUGGUUUAGCCAUAUGUGGAAAGACCUUAUUUGGGAAGGAACUCAAACCGCGGCGUCUGGUCGAAUGGAUAGAGAUUCAAAAGCUACUUGGAGUUGAUAAAAUUCUAAUAUUUGAUUUGGACAACCCAGACAGUAUUCGGAUGGUUUUCCAACAUUACAUAAAACAAGGAAUUCUUGAAGUACAGCCUUUUGAGUUGCCGGGGAGAAUUAAAGGUGCUUCCUUCCGGGAUUUGUAUAAACACCGCCAUGACCACGAUGACCAGUUUGACAAUGAUGACAACUUCCCCCUGCUUGACUGCAGAGAGAGACUAUCCGGUUACAGAUGGGUCAUGGGUAUCGAUGUAGAUGAGAUUGUACUUCCCAGGAAAAACAUGUCUUUAAAGGCUUUUAUUAAGGAUCUUGUUGCUAAGCACCCUCUUGCUGCUGGCUUUCACUUCUACAUGAUGUUCCACUACACCAGCUUCGGUAAAACCAGGAACCAUUCUUCUGGCAUCGAACACUUCGAAUAUUCCAGAUCUACUCCACCACAAUGGAAGGCUUACAAAUACAUCUACAUUCCUCAACGAGUGGAUUCGCCAAUCACUCACCUCGUGGACCCAAGACACCCUUUCACAGUGUUAGUUGUGAUACAGUUUCAUAUUUGA